AUGUUUGGAAAGUUAUUAAAAAAUUAUAUAAUAUAUAUUAGAGGGGUUAGGAACUUAAGUUUAAGAGUUCAGUUUACACCCAAUGUACUACUUAAACUCGAAAAAAUAAAAUCUUUAAAAAUCAAGCAAGAUCAACCUUUUAAUCAAGAGAACCAGGAUUACUAUUUAUAUAUUCAUCGGCAAUUAGGUGGAUGUGCAGGAAUGAAAUUUACCUUUGCAUUGUUUUCAAAGGAUAAACUUAAAGAUAACGCUGUGGUCCUCCUAGAACCAACUAGUUCGAGAGCUGGUGUUGCAACUGAUAAAGAAAGUACUGAAUACUUAAAUAAUACAGUUCUAGAUUACUGUUCAUUAUCUUCACAUUCUGAUCCAAAAGCUUUAAAUCUAAAAUCAGAAUUUACUAUUAGGAGAAUAGAUUCAAGGUAUACAUGUGGCUGUGGUAAAUCCUUUAAUCCAAGGAGAUGGACAAAUAAUUAA